AUGAACUUGGUGCUGCUCCUAUGCCAAGAGGUAGAAGAGAUCAACAAGACUGGCUUCGUCCUCCUACCUGCCACAGACCGUCGUGCACGGCACAUUGUUACUGUUCUCAAGCCGACCCCUGGUUCCACUAUCCGCGUGGGCUGCGUGGGAGUGGGUGUGGGGCGUGCAAGUGUGGUCGUGCUGGAGAGAGGUGAGGUUCGAUUGACUGGCCAGCUUUCCUUGUCGGCUACACCUUCGCAGCCGCACGUGGAGCUGCUUCUAGCAAUGCCUCGUCCAAAGGUUAUGAUGAGGCUGUGGUCCGUGCUGGCACAGCUCGGCUUGCGGCGUAUCGUGUUGACCAACGCUUGGCGCGUGGAGAAGCCCUACUUCUCUUCCCAAGCCACGGAUCCAAGCAAAUACACGCCAGAGCUGCCACUUGAUCGAGUCAGAAAAGGUUUUCUAGGCUUUACGGUCUAG